AAAAAAACAAAUACACAACAAAGAAGAAUAACAAUAACACACACUCUUCUCUUCAAUCAUCUCCCCUUUCUCUGAGAGCUAGCACUCCCUCUAACUUUGAUCCUGGCAAAGCCAUGGGGUUCCUAAAAGCAAUAUUCGUCAUAGCAAUAACCAUGGCUUUGUCCAUCGCACUAACGAUGAAAACCAUCACUCAUCAAGAGGAAGCAAAACCAGCUUUUGUGCACCAUGAUUUUCCCUCAUCAUCAUCAACCCCUCAUGAUCAAAAGAAUAAUAAUGUGCAUCUUCCUUCCAAGAGGGUGAGUCGCUUCCUCGCUCAAGUGAAAAACCCUAAUGCUGCUGAUCACUGCCACAAGGACCACGAGGUUUGCACCUUGGUGGGUGCCAAGAACUCAACAUGUUGCAACAACAAGUGCAUUGAUGUAGGGUAUGACUACCACAACUGUGGCGCGUGCAAGAUGAAGUGCAAGUUAACUGAUGCAUGUUGUAGAGGGGAAUGUGUUAAUACCAACUUUGACAAGAGGCAUUGCGGGGAGUGUAACCAUCGGUGUGAAGUGGGUGCAUAUUGUGUCUAUGGAAUGUGCGGUUACGCCUAAUUAAUUAAGGUUCAUGCAUGAGUCGUCCCCAAUACUAUGUUAUUAUUACUAUACGAGGUUUGUGAUUUUUAUUAAAUAAUGUUCAAUAAAGUAUACCACAUUUGUGGUGGUUCUCUAACAAAAAAUACAAUAGCAUAUACUACCUCUUAAAGUUAUAUAUAGCAAUCUUCGUAUACGUACGUUCUAAGUGUUUCCUAAAGCAUAAUGCUAUUCUCCGCAAGAAAAUAUAUAAGAUAUAUUAUCUCAUCAAA